AAAUUGUAUUUGCAUCUACGGAACAAAUCGGGGAAUAUAGAAUAACUACUGCUGACAGAGAGAAGGACAAAUGACAUAGGAUGAACACUGCUGGUCAUCUCUGGCUGUCUGUGCUGUCAUCCCUUUUUGCACUGGCCUGGGCCGUGGAGCCGUUGGGUCAGGCUGUCCCCUGCUCCUCUCUGGUGGCUGGGGUCUUAUACGGCUCCUUCUCGCUCAGGGACCUCUUUCCUAGGCCAUCGGCUCUGACAUCUGGAUGCUCCUGGACUGUGGAGAACCCUGACCCCACCAAGUACUCGCUCUAUUUCCGCUUCAAUCGCCAUGCCGGCGCGUGUUUAGCUUUUUCCCCGCUGGUGCUGCCCCUGGACCACUACCUCUCAAACCAGACCUGUGGCCCCCCAGACCAGCCCACCUUCCCCUCGGACCCUGAAGCCGUUGAGCUUUGCAUGGUCCCAGGACCCCACACCUUCCUGCAGUUCGAUAAGAACUAUGUGCAGUUGUGCCUGACCACUCAUCCCAACAAAGACGGCGACAACGGAGAUGGGACAUCCGAGGGCCAAGCCCCCUUGUCAGCAGAAACUCUGGACUUCCGGCUCGUAGAGGUUCUGCUCAUUAAUAAUGAGAAUUCGAGUCACUUUACGUGUGGAGUCCUGUGCCGAUGGUUUGAGGAGUGCUUGCACAUCAGCUCAGGCUGGGAAACCGAGAGCUGCAGUAUCACCCAGACGGGAUGCGUUCCUUUCCAGACUGAUACAUUGUGA